CAGAGGUUCCAGGGAUGGGAUCACGCCAGUUGUUUUGCUCAGUGGAGGCGUAAGUUAGGGGUGCGGUCCCUCAGUCAUCAGACACGGCCUGCAAGUAUUCCCAUCUAGAAGCGAGCAGAGGAAAGAAGAGGGUACUUUGAGAACCAGCUGCAGUUAGAAAUGGAACAAAGGGAAGCUCGGCAGAGAAAAUAAGAGUACUGAAAAUAUGAGAAGGCACAGAAGAGAAUGGCCUGAGGAAGACAGAGGAAGAUACCAAGGAAGACGUAGCCAUCAUUCUGAGGAGCCACAUUCCAGCUACUCGUGGCCAGGGAGCCGAGGGGGCUGGUCACGUCCCAACCUAGUGACUCCCCCACUGGUGGGACACGCUGCUGCGGGUUCCCCAAUGGCUGCAUCUGUGGAUUUUAAAACUUAUGUAGAUCUGGCAUGUAGAGCCGCUGAGGAAUUUGUCAAUAUUUACUAUGAGACAAUGGAUAAAAGAAGACGGGCACUAACCAGGCUGUAUCUGGACAAGGCCACUUUAAUAUGGAAUGGAAAUGUUGUCACAGGACUGGAUGCCCUAACUAAUUUUUUUGAGAUGUUGCCUUCCAGUGAGUUCCAGGUCAAUAUGUUAGAUUGCCAACCAGUUCACGAGCAAGCUACCCAGUCCCAGACUACAGUUCUUGUUGUGACCAGUGGAACAGUAAAGUUUGAUGGAAACAAACAACACUACUUCAACCAGAACUUCCUGCUGACUGCUCAGUCCAGUCCUACCAACACUGUGUGGAAGAUUGCAAGUGAUUGCUUCCGUUUUCAAGAUUGGGCUGGUAGUUAAGGGGGCGGGGGUCCAUUCUCCUUUCAUCCAUUAGUUCCAGCAACACAAAUUUAUGUGAAAUUCAUUCAUUUUAUUAUAGAAGCAUUCUAAACUAGUAUGUGAUAAGAUAAAAUUAGUUCCUUUAUUAUUUUUUUUUUGUUCUUGGGAGCACCUUUUCUAGUAGCUGCCAGUUUGAAUCAUUGCCCUUAAGAACUUUAAUGCUAGGUUUUUACAUGCCUUAUCUACAUUCCAGUAAUGGCAUUCUUAAAGUAAUAUCAAAUACAUGAUUUUGGUACUAACAUUCUCACUGUGAAACCAGCCUAUCACAAAAAUAAAAUCCUUUUAUGAUGCUGUCUAUGAGAUAUUAGCACAAUGUACUUGUGGGAGGAAGUGGAGUUUUUUUGGUCAUCAGGUUAAUUGUAUAGUUUUUGAAAACACUUGCCUGUUUUCAGUUAACACUAGUAGUGCAGUUUUAAUAUAUGGCUUUUUCAAAUCAGUGCAAACAGUACAAAUUUAGAUUUAUGUAACUAGUCUGACAUAUUGGACUUACAUAUAAGUAUGUUUAGCAGUCUUUUGUCAUAUUACAUUUUUCAUGUUGGCAUGUUUUCUUAUGAAGUAAAUUAAGUAAAGUAUAAGUAUAAAAUAUUCUCAGUUGAUACCUGAAUAUUGGGUACAUUUGGUGGCUUAAAAGCAAAUCUUUGUGAAAAGAUUUUUCUUGGCAGCUCUAUGUCUAUAACUGUAGGUAAUGAAUGGUAGUAGAACCAAUAGCUUUAAUGGGAGAAUUGGAAAUAAGACAUACAGAAAUCAAAGGUUGAGGCCAGAUAGUAAAUUCUGGGUACUUAUUUUCUACCUCCUAAAAAUGUAGCUUAUUUUUAGGAUUUAAACCACAUAAGGUAAUAGGUAUCCUUGUCAAAUGAUCAUGAGUAUCACUUUUGUUCUAAGAAUUAUUUUUUAGAUCUUUCCACUUGACCUCAUGUUUAUCACCAAUGUUUGUCUCAUUUAUUCAAGAACUUAAAGGGGUAAAAUGUCAGCAAUAAACCUAACCUCAUAACAGGGUCUAACACAGAAGUUCGAACAAAGCCAUUGUUCUCUCUUUGUGACACCCUUAACUUCUAAGUCUUCCGUGUGAACUUUUAGGCCUAAAGUCUCCUUUGUCCAGGCUAGAGUGCCAUGGACAAAGUGUUUUUCCCCACUGUGUUUUGUAUUGUCAACUUCAAUAUGUUUUCCUUAAUUUUUUAGAUUAAUUAAUUUUCAUAAAGCAUUGAGCAAGUAGAUCUGUUUUAAAACAUCUUCCUGCUAUGUGGCUAAGUCACUAUCUUUUUAAAGAGAAAAUGGAAAACAGCACAUCUUCAUGAUAAACUUAACCAAUUGGUUAAUUUUAUGUGUCAACUUCUAAAGAGAGAAAAAACAAGCUUUACUUUCUGUUUAAACUUUUAAUGUCUUUUCCAUUUUUUAGUGUUCUUAAGCUAGAUGUGCCAGUUUUAUUUUUACAUUGCAACCAAAAUUAAUGUUUCUUACCACUUAAUUUUAAAACCAAUAAUUCAUUGUGUUGCCCCAAACUAUAUACUAUAUUUCUGAUAUAGUAACACAAUAGAAUUAGAAUAAGAUAAAGGGGUAGAACUGAAAUUUAAACCACACUUUCUUGUGUGGUUUAACUGAUCAAAACUUACACAUUAUAUUCAACUAAAAGUAAGCUUACUCUUUAUUUAGGAUUGAUUGGUUUUCUAAAAUCACAGCUUUUGCAGCAAUAAUCAGAAUGCCCAAAUACUGCCCUUCCCAUUGUGGAGAACAAUCCCAAGUAAAAACUGCAUAUGAUUAGCAAUAAUUGAAUGGGCAUUAUAUUGAAUGGUUAUGCAUUGUUCACAAUUGUAUGUUUUAAGAUUUGUAUAUGAAUUUCUUUUUCCAAACUCUGUAUAAUUUCUAAAUGGCUGGAACUACUCCUAUAUGGAUUAGACUGUAUUUUUGACAUGCUCGUAUUUUUGUAACC